CAUUUUAGUGCAUCGAGUUCAAACUCAAGUCGAUCAAAGGAUAUAAGUCGUGCAGAAUUUAUUAUUAUAUUUCACGAUUUAUUUUCUUCGAUUUCCGUAAGCUUUUCGCAAAUAACAAUGAGGAAAAGGCAAAUUGACACUCUCAAAAUUUUUAAUUUGAAUGUUCAGGAAGUCACAGAAAACGAAGAAUACUUGGUAAAUUUCAACUCUGCUGGACGGGAGAUCGCCAUUAACAUUAUUCUAGGACCAGGAUUUCCCAACGAAAAGCCAACAUUGAUUGUAAGUCCGAUACUAAAUCAUCCAUGGGUCAAUCCCGCAACCGGUGCAAUAGAAAACGCGCCCGGAAUUCUGAAUUAUACUAUCCAUUCUGACCUGGGUCGAGUCGUACAGGCAGUCGGUCGUGAAUUUGAGAAACAUCCCCCUUCAUUGCUAAAUGAUGUUUCUUCUUGCGCGCCACAACACAAUCGCAAUGAGAACAACCAAGAGAGCACGGUAGAUUCCCGAAAUAUUGCUUCUCCAGUUGCAGAACAAGACUCAUUUAAUUUAGGUUCACUACAAAUUGACGAACUUGCUCGACUAAACAGCGACGAGGAUUAUCGGGAAGAUUUCAUUGAGAAGAUAAGCUUCGUUCAAAAGCAGAGCAACGAAAUGAGUUAUUUGAUGAGUCAAAUUGAAACAUUAGCUUCCGAUAACGUUGCCAAAAAGCUUUUAAUCGAAGAACGAAGACAACGGUUAGACAAGCUGUUGCUAGAUUUUAAAGAACUCGGUGAGCGGUACGAUGCUUCUAACCAAAUGUAUCAACGCAAGGCAGAGGAUUUCUCACCCCAACAUAUUAAAGAGUUGCUUCAGAUCGCGGUUUCCGCCGCUGACGCCAAAAGCGACGAGGAAGCUCAAAAGUUCCUCGCCGGCGAUACCGAUGUGUCCACAUUCCUGCAUGAGUUUAUUGAAACGAGAAAAAACUUUACCAUUCGGAAGGCGAAAGAAGAACGAUUAACGCAGCAGCUGACUGCACUGGAACGAGCCGCUUUCUAAAUCCGGCUUGAUACGCUCGAACCGGCGGACGUCUAACUUGUGAUCGUACUAUUAAUCAUUGUUAUUUGUACUUUGGAUUAAGUUGUUUUGAUGUAAGAAGGUUUAAAGCCGAAUAAAAGAUUUAUUCAUUUAAAGA